AUGUUAGGAGUACAAGUUACCAAGGUUGCUGUAUUUGAUGAAACCGAAGAGAAUUACCAUCGUUCUGUUCAUAUCUCUAUUGUGCAUUGGAUGUCUAGUCAUAUAGUUAUAUUGAUACUUUUACUAUUAAUGAUAGUUUGGUUUUGGUUCUUUGGAGACCGUGAUGAUCUAGCUCAUACCUUAGCCCAGGUGAAUAAAAAACAGUCAACAAACAAAUCCGGUCAUUCAGUACAUGUCCAUGAAACCCAAAAAUAUUUUAAACAUACACAUAGCCAAACUACGUAUCAAAAAGCAUCAGUUUAUACUUCCAACAAAAUGGUUCAAACAGAAAAUGUUGAUGGUGACAACAAUGUGGAAACAGGCCUUUUGAUGAAUGUUUAG